AUGCCUACAAAAACGACUCUAAUUAAAGAAGUAGCUCAAACUUCGGCUGAGCCGACGCCCCUUUCUGUUCGCUUUGAAUCAAUUUGCACGACAGACGUGAACGGCGUGAUCUACAAGCUUGCCAGGAAAGAUGCUGAGCCAUUUGAACAGAGCUUUAAUGAUCGUGACCUUCUUUUCAAAGUCAAUGUGAAUAAGUCUGACAAAAUCAAGCUUCAUUUGAGAUGGAUCCCUGUGGUGGUACUACCCUUCCUGAAGAAGAUUCUGUUUGGUGGCAUGGUUCAACCAAGCCCAUUGCCAGAACUUUUAAAGGAUCUAAAGUUAUCUGGGGCUGAUAUAAGAAUUACAGAUGAUCCUUUUGAAGCCACGCAUUAUGUUUCACUCACAGAUCAGGUUGACUAUAACAUGCAAAUUGCGAUUCUGCGUGCUCUACCCAUCGUGUCGAAAGAGUGGUUUGACAUGUUGGCAAACUGCCUCGAUGACGUGGACAGCUGGCUCUUCACUAUUAAUUCUGACCUAUACUUGCUAGAUACCAGAGGCAAUGACCUCAACCCAAACCAUAUGAGAACACAGCUCCUAUCUGGCUCUAUUGCUGUGCUACUAUCUGAUGAUAAGGACUCAAAAGAAUGUCUCAAGUUAAAAAAAUGGGUUGAGUGUCUUAAUUGUACGCAAAUAUUGGUUAAAAGCUUUGAAGAAGUCGAUAACUGGGAACUGAAUCUGGGUGGUCAACUUUCGCAGAAUAGAGUUUACAUGUUCUGUGUUCAAUCAUUCGCUGGAAUUGAGUCCUUGAAGAACGCUAACAAAAUUAAUACCACUGAUGAUUUAUGGAGUGCCGUGCUUGAUGCAGACACUGCCAGAUUAAGAUCACCUCAACUUAGCAUUCCAGUGCCCCUGCAACUGGAGGAGAAAAUUGAGCCCAUUCCACUAAGUCAACGAAGAAAAAGAAGAAAGUUGGAGAGAGUAGAAGAUACAAACUUCUUUCUGUUCACACCAUUGCUGUCUUCGAAACCACAACUUGAUACUGAAAUCCAAUCCAAAUAUACGUCAUUCUCGCAAACUGUUCAGCCAACUGUGUCAGACGUCGAGUUCGAGCUGGAAAUCUCGCAACAAAAGCAAAACGGGCUUGAAAAUUCUUCCCGCAAAGAAGUAGAUUCGGAAAAUGUGAGACUCAAACCAAAGAUCAAAACUGAGUUUUCAACUCAAGGUCAGGAUAGUGAUAUUUACAGUGGUCAAAACUAUGUCGCGGCUUCAGCAGAAUCUACACUGGACUCAUCAAUGAAGCAAGUGGGCAUAGAAGACAAUCUAAAAUCUUCAAUUAAAAAUGAGAAUUCAAAAAGCUUGAUUGUUCCACAGAUUUCCUUGGCAGAUGCUAUUAAAUCUACCAAGCAAAAAGCUUCCGACUCCAUCAACCAUGAACUCGCCUUCAAUGAGGGCAUCGCCGCUGAUAUGAAAAAGCUUUUGGUAAUUCAAGAUCUCGAAUUGAGGGCUCCGAGUAGAAUCAGGUCAUUAGAUGAACCCUCAUUUCACGGUCGCAAAAAUUUCAAAAAGUUCCGCAAAAAUGGCUGCAAACAGAACAGCAUCACAAGAACCUUUAUUGAGCUCGUAGACACUGGAAACGAUGUGUAUUUCAAAGAUCUGUAUCUGCCCCAACAAGAGCAGGACGGUCGAGAAAAACUAGAAAAUGAUUUCGAGGCAGAAAUGGAAGAUGUGCGGGGGUAUCAGCCUGAGACCGUACAACUUUUCGUGAAUGAGGUUUCCGAUAACGAGAGGGAAAUCGCGGAUGAAGUAUUUCAAUUUCUGUCGAAACGCGACGAUGCAAAAGAUGUCUCACCAACUAGUCUACAUGAUAUCACGGUUAGUGGUCGACAAGCUAUCGUUGAGCUGAGACUUGAUGAUGAUGAAGAUGAUGAUGAUGUUCGUUUUUCAUUCACAAGAAAAAACUAA